AUGACCAGUGUCUACCUUUGGUUUCUCACUUGUUGGAUCAUUUCGAGUAAUUUCCUGACCAACAUCCUGGGACACGAAGAGGGUCGGGAAGAAUGGGUGGUUAGAAUCCACGGUGGGCCACAAGUUGCAACCCUCUUAGCGUUGCAGAGCGGCUACAAGCAUCUCGGACCGGUCUUGGGAUUCAAGGACACGUACAUAUGGCUGAAAGAAUAUAACGGUGGUCACGAGAAGAGGGGUGGAAUACGUUUAACGAAAGCACUGAAUUCGAGUAACAAGAUCAUUUGGGCAGAUCAGCAGAAGGCGAUCGAGCGACAUAAACGCGAUUACGUGCCAUUAUCUAGCCUCGAUUCUGAGAAACCUCUGAUAAGGGAAAAGAGAGUGGAGCUAGAUCAAUAUCACUUGAACGGUAUAAAGGAGGACGGCAGAGAUUGGGAAGAAUUUUGGCUGGAUGGUCCCGAAGAUUCCAGGCUGAUGUUCAACGACGAACUUUGGGACCAAGAAUGGUACCUGCAAGACACGCGGUCGAACAAAGCUCUUCCCAAGCUGGAUCUGAACGUUCUACCCCUCUAUCGACUGGGGGUAACUGGUCGUGGCGUGAGAAUCGCAGUUUUGGACGAUGGCUUGGAGUAUACCCACGAUGACCUGCGAAAUAACUACGAUCCUAACAUAAGUUACGACGUGAACCAGGGGGACGACGACCCUUUGCCACGAUACGAAUUAUCAGGAAUGAACGGCCACGGGACCAGAUGCGCAGGGGAAAUAGCGAUGGAGGCAAACAACCGGAAGUGCGGCGUGGGCGUCUCUUUCGAGGCAUCCGUCGGCGGGAUCAAGCUGCUGGACGGCUUGGUGAACGAUCGCGUGGAGGGAGAGGCUCUCGGGUACAAACCGGAACUGGUGGACAUUUACACGGCCUCGUGGGGCCCAGCGGACGACGGGAAAAGUCUAGAGGCACCUGGAAGACUGGCUACAGAAGCGUUGGAACGUGGCGUCACGCUGGGCAGAAACGGCAAGGGCAGCAUUUACGUCUGGGCUUCCGGAAACGGAGGCUUGAAAUCGGACGACUGCGGAUGUGACGGAUACGUAGGAAGCAUUUAUACGAUCGCUGUGGGCUCUGCGAGUCAGACUGGCAGAUUUCCAUGGUACGGCGAGAGCUGUCCCGCGACAUUAGCAACCACGUACAGCAGUGGCGCUUAUCACGACCAAAUGAUAGCGACGACGGACUUAAGAAACACCUGCACCACGGGUCACACUGGCACUUCCGCGUCCGCUCCAUUAGCUGCGGGAAUCCUGGCCUUGGCUUUGCAAGUAAACAAAGAUUUGACCUGGAGGGACGUGCAACACCUCGUCGUUUGGACGUCGGAAUACAGUCCGCUCAGAGAGAACCCUGGCUGGUUCAAAAACUCCGCCGGAUUUUGGUUCAACUCACGUUUCGGCUUUGGACUUAUGAACGCGUACGCUCUGGUCUCUGCCAGUUCCAAUUGGACCACUGUGCCGGACAAGACCAUCUGUAAAGUGGACGUCGCGAAAAUAAUCGACAAGAAGCUGGCUUAUGGAAAUAGCAGGAGACUGCGAUUCGAGGCAGAGGACGAGUGUCGAUCGGCUGAGAACGAGAUUACGUUUUUGGAGCACGUGGAGAUCGAGGUCAGCCUCGAGUACAGUCUUCGUGGUGCACUUCAGAUUCAUCUGACUGCGCCCUCAGGUAUGCACUUCUCGUUUGCCUCGACUCGACAUAUUCAAGGGACAAAGGUGCAAUUGCUGAAGCCCAGAAAAUUCGACGACUCGCCUGUCGGUUUCGAGAAGUGGAAAUUUAUGUCCGUGGCAUCGUGGGGUGAGGAUCCACGUGGCAGCUGGUUCCUAGACAUUCUCGACGAGAUCGGGCCGAGGGAGAAUAAUGGCACAAUAGACGCGUUCUCGUUGGUUCUGCACGGGACCAGGGAAAUGCCACGGUAUCGCAAAAACGGGCCACGAAUUUACAACCAGGAUUACAACCGAAUUCGCAACAUCGACGAGAAUCAAUCGGUGGAACCCGUGCUCAAGAAGAAGCUGGGAUUACUCAUGCAAGAGACAAACGACAUCUAUGAGAAAGACUGGUCGGAGUUCCUCUGA